AUGCUGAACCAAGGCGAGCUCGGCACGGCCAUGAAGGUCCUCUCCAAGGAGUCUGCCGACACUGUACGUGGCUGGUUCUCGGGAGAGCAGGCGGGCGAGUCCUACGAGCCACUCCUUGAAGACGAGGAAGCAGAUCUUUCGGCAGAUCUGUCUGAACUAUCGUACGAAGAAGAAAAGCCAAUUGAGUACACCAGAAGGAGCUGGUUUCGAUUCCGCCGCUCCCACGCACGACGCAUCUUCUGGACCUUGGUGCCAUCGUUCGUGGCCCACGCAUACGGUCAUGGGGACGAAAAUUCCGUGGUCCCUGAUUCCCACUCAACGUCGUACCUGAACGGCCUCCGUGGCAUCGCAGCAAUGGUCGUCAUUAUACUCCACUAUACUGAUGAUUUCGUUUUCAUCAACCAUGGUUGGGGAGAGGAUGCGAACAAUCACUACUUUUUGCAACUCCCAUUCAUCCGACUUAUCCACUGCGGAGUCUUGAGCGUCAUGAUCUUCUUCGUCCUCAGCGGCUUUGUGCUCACAUAUAGCCCGUUGAAGAAGGCUCACAGUGGACAAGUUGAAGCCUGCAUUGGGUCCCUUCCAUCAAGCGUUUUCCGCCGCGGAAUGCGGCUAUUCUUCCCGACUAUUCCCCUCCUUUUCAUUGUCCUCGUCUUGAAAACAUACGGAUUGUACUACAAUAGCGGAAGCAGGGAUCCUGAGGCAGCCCCAGCCACCGGCAUCUUGGCGCUUCUCGUCUUGGUAUGGCAAAAUCUCAUCAUCAUCACAACUCAGACCACCACCGCCAGCUUCUUGCCUCAGGCCUGGACACUGUCGGUUGAGUUCAGGGGAUCAAUUCUCGUGUUCCUGUGCUGCUUGGCCCUGGCACGGGUAUCUCCCCUAGCCCGGCUAUCUGUGGUGGCGAUCAUUUUCGUUUUCUUCUGGACCCUCGGCGCGGAUGGAGACAUGUGGCAGCCUUGCCUCUUUCUCUGGGGCAUGGCUCUUGCUGACAUCCGCCAUUUGCGGAACAAGCUACCGAGCCUGGAGGGUUCACUUGAGAGAACGGCUUCGUACAGCUGGUGGCUGGUCUUUGUAUUCUCACUCUGGCUAGGAGGCUACCCCAUCAAUGGCCACACCUUCAAUGCCGUGGGAUACGGGUGGCUCGAAAUGUUCCCCACGUUCGGCCAGGACCCGGCGCGCACUUUCCCGGCCGUCGGUGCCAUGAUACUGGUAACAUCCCUAGAGAACCUGCCGCCUUUGCAGCGCUUGUUGAACGCGCGCUGGGUGCUAUACCUGGGCGAGGUCAGCUUCGGCAUGUAUCUGGUUCACUGGGCUGUUGAGAGGUCUUUCCUCGGCUUGGGUCUCAAGUUCGCGAUGCAGAACGCCGGGUAUUCUCUCGGUGUGGCUUGGACUUGCAGUUUUACCGUGGUAAUUGUGCUCACCUUGUGGUUCGGAGAUUUGCACUGGAGAUUUAUUGAUCAGAAGUGCGUUCGACUUGCACGCUGGUUGACUACGAAAUUGGGGGUGUAG